UUGAAGCUCCGCGCCAGUCGCUGUCUCGUCUCGAAAUUUUUCAGUGUUUUUUAGCAACCGGUUGCAGUUAUCCAGCAAGCUAACUACUUUACUCAAUUUCUGUUUUGUAAGUGAUAAUCAUUUUGUUUAACGAAAUUAGCGAUGAACCUCGAAUUGCUCGAGUCGUUCGGGCAGAACUAUCCAGAGGAGGCAGAUGGCACUCUGGACUGCAUCAGCAUGGCUCUGACCUGCACCUUUAACCGCUGGGGGACUCUGCUAGCCGUCGGCUGUAACGACGGCCGUAUCGUUAUUUGGGACUUCCUCACACGUGGCAUCGCCAAAAUCAUCAGUGCACACAUACAUCCAGUCUGCUCACUCUGUUGGAGCAGAGAUGGACACAAACUGGUCAGUGCAUCUACAGAUAACAUUGUUUCACAGUGGGACGUUCUGACUGGAGACUGUGAUCAGAGAUUCCGAUUCCCCUCUCCCAUCCUGAAACUGCAGUACCACCCCAGAGAUGCAGAUAAAGUCUUGGUUUGUCCAAUGAAGUCAGCACCUGUCCUCCUUACCCUUUCCGACUCCAAGCAUGUGGUUCUGCCUGUGGAUGACGACUCGGACCUGAAUGUGGUGGCUGCUUUCGACAGGCGAGGAGAGUACAUCUACACAGGCAAUGCUAAGGGCAAGAUCCUGGUACUGAACACUAAUACCCAGGAACUAGUGGCAUCAUUUCGAGUGACCACAGGAACCAGCAACUCCACAGCCAUCAAAUCAAUUGAGUUUGCACGCAAGGGCAGCUGUUUCCUCAUUAACACAGCAGAUCGCAUCAUUAGAGUGUAUGAUGGCAGAGAGAUCCUAACCUGUGGAAGAGAGGGAGAGCCAGAGCCCAUGCAGAAACUCCAGGAUCUUGUCAACAGGACCCCGUGGAAGCGAUGCUGUUUCUCUGGGGAUGGAGAGUAUAUAGUGGCAGGCUCAGCACGGCAGCAUGCACUCUAUAUUUGGGAGAAGAGUAUCGGCAACCUGGUCAAGAUCCUGCAUGGGACCCGUGGCGAGCUGCUUUUGGAUGUUGCGUGGCAUCCAGUGCGCCCCAUUAUUGCUUCCAUCUCCAGCGGCGUUGUCUCCAUCUGGGCCCAGAACCAAGUGGAAAAUUGGAGUGCAUUUGCACCUGACUUCAAAGAGCUCGAUGAGAACGUGGAGUAUGAGGAGAGAGAGUCAGAGUUUGACAUCGAAGACGAGGACAAGAGUGAACCUGAACAGACAGGGGCAAAUGCUGCUGAGGAUGAAGAGGUGGAUGUGACCUCUGUUGACCCCAUACCGGCAUUCUGCAGCAGUGAUGAGGAGCUGGAGGACUAUAAGGCGUUGUUGUACCUGCCCAUUGCCCCUGAGGUGGAGGACCCAGAAGAGAACCCAUUUGGCCCACCCCCAGAUGGGGCGGGUCAGAACACUGGCUCUGAAGAUGGCUCCACCCAUACUGGAACAGGGGAGAAGAAGCAGAGACAGCCAUCAGCCGAUGGUGUUCCGCCCAAGAAGAAAGCCCGCACUACCACCAUAGAACUGCAAGGUGUUCCCAGUGACGAAGUGCAUCCACUGUUGGGUGUGAAGGGUGACAGCAAGUCGAAGAAGAAGACAGCUGGUCGUCCAAAGGGAUCGAAAGGUAAAGAUUCUCCGUUUAGGCCCAAACAGUGCGGAGAGAGAGAGAGAGAGAGAGACAGAGGGGUGGACGGGGCAGGAACCAGAGGCAGGGCAGACACACUGCCAGCGCCAGGAAACCUGGUCUCUUCAUCAUAUAAACAGCAUGAUGUACAGGGUUUGGACUGAUGCCAUAAGCCUUCAACGGACUUUAUAAAGACUCAUGGGCAGUGCUAUUUUCUGUUCAUUGGGAGCUAUGACUCCGGUAAGAAAUGGGACUUUUGGACUCAGCUCUUCCUUUCCAGGAUCAGUCUGCUAGAUCCAACAAGAUUCAUCCCCCAAAAAGCAGCAACAUCAGGAUUUCAAGCUGCCAGAGAGAAACUGUUUGGAGAAGACAUGAGACAAUAACAGACUUUUUUCUGUAGAGUAGGAGACAUGUCUCUCUCUUCCUCAGAACUAGAUUUCUCACAGGUUCAUAGUACAUUGUUUUUAAUGAUGCCAAGUAAACUGUCCUGUUUUUUAUGGGGGUUUUUUUUUGUGUUUGUGCUGUAUAUCUGCCCAAUUUUGUUAUUCCAGUUUUACUAUGUGAUCUUUCUUUUUGAUCUUCCAAGGAAAAAAUCUUUGGAAUAAACUGGUGUGUAAUGUCCAUUAAAAUACUCUGUGUUCAUAAA